AGGCAAGCGCUCUACCACUGAGCUAAAUCCCCAACCCUGCUUUUUUUUUUUCUUCUUGCAAUAGGGAAUUUCAUGUAAAGAACAGUGAAUUAAUUACACACGCAGGCAGAAUACUCAUACACAAAAAUAAACUUAAAAAACAAAACAAAACAAAACAACAAAACCAAGUAUUUUACAAGCAAUAGGGGCCAGAUUUAAGCAGAGCGUGGAAAGCUAGACAUAGUGGCUACAGCCUUAGUCUCAGCACUGGAGAAGCUCUGAGACAGGAGGAUCCUUGAGCUCCAGGUGAGGCCCUGUUUCAAGAACAGUAACAACAAACAAAAUAAUAUGGAAUGGUAGGGCAAACUUGAAGCCCCAGGGUUUGGGAGGAGAUUACAAGAUGGAGAACCUGUAACCAACAAACAGCUUUCUGACAUUCUGGGGGACUAAUAGUUCUUGAAAGGGACCCCUUGUAGAGACCCUUUUUUUUUUUUUUUUUUUUUUUUUUGGAGCUGGGGACCGAACCCAGGGCCUUGCGCUUGCCAGGCAAGUGCUCUACCACUGAGCUAAAUCCCCAACCCUGUAGAGGGCCUUUGAGGCGCCUUUGAUUUGCCUAUGACAUUGGCAUCCAAUCUAGGGCAAAUAUUGUCAUUAAACAGGUCCUCAUAGUAAGCAGGCUGGUGAUUCCUUUGAAUGGGGCUAUGGUUUUUAAUCUUUCUUUUCCUUUAUUAUUAUUAUUAUUAUUAUUACUAAUGAAUUAAAAACAAGUUUUCAGAUCUGGGGAGGAGCCCAGAGCUCAUAAAAACCAGGUAAAUGCCCUACCACUGAGCCUCCCCACCAGGCCUAGAUUUAAAACUUUUAAAAGAAAUAGUAGUGGGAAUUCUUAGAGUGGUCACGUGUCUGAGCGCAUUCCCCCUCAAACUGCUUAGUGGAAUAACAGGAUCCUGUCACAGGCUGAUGGGUGGGACACCAGUUCCAGCAAGGGUGGGGAAGGGGAAGAUAGGGGGGAGGCUGGCUGCUCUUUUUUUUUUUUUUUUUUUGUAUUUGCUUUGUGAUUAAGAUUCGAAUUUCCUACGAUUGUUUUCUAAAGAGCAGUUUAGAAAAAAAUAUUGAGGUGGUAAAACCUUAACUGGAGCAGAAAUUAGCCAAGCCAAACAAGAUAACAAUUAAAAUACUGUUCAGGAAACCUAGUAUUUUGAAACUAAGUACAAAGAAACAAAAUAGAAUUAGUUGCUGGCAACUUUUGAGCUCAACAAGUCCCUUAAAAAACAACCGGACUGAGUUAACAUUGAAUUUGCUUUCUGUUGUGUUUUGUAAAAUGGUGGCAUAAGGAGGUGAGAGGGAGCAUCUCAGCUAGCCCGCCAGGUAUUCCCCUGAGAAAUCACCACCCUGCCAUAGGCCUCGUAUAAAAGGAAGUUUAUUUGGGGGAAGAGAAGGGGACUUGGAAAAGGGGUAGGAAAAGGAGGGGUACAGAGAGUGACAGAAAGAGAGAGGAGAGAGGAAGAGAGAAAGGUGGAGUCAGGAACAUGUGGGAGGGGAGAGAGAGAGAGAAAGAGAGAGAGAGAGAGAGACAGACAGACAGACAGAGAGACACCUGGGUAGCUGAAUAAUUCUUUUAUGUCAGGUUGACUCCUACCUGGCAAGCAAAAAUGAUUGCUAGUUGCUAGGUAACUGUUGGACGGAGCCUAGAGGAACUGCCAACACUUCUGUACUAUAUUGGUCUUUGUAAAAUAGUUCUUUUUUUUUUUUUUUUUUUUUUUUUCUGGAGCUGGGGACCGAACCAGGGCCUUGCGCUUGCUAGGCAAGCGCUCUACCACUGAGCUAAAUCCACAACCCGUAAAAUAGUUCUUACCAACAGGAAAAUAUUUCAACGCAGUUAUUUAUUUUUUGAUUAGGUCCUAAGAAAACUUUAGGAAAACAUGAUGGUAGAUAGGCAUCAUUUGCAUUGGUUGGAAAUCGUGUCAGUCAUAUAUGUAACAUGCCAGAUUAACAUGUUUACCGUGAAGAAGAGUAAAAAGUGUGUGUGUGUGUGUGUGUGUGUGUGUGUGUGUGUAAAUAGUCAGUGUGAAAAGAACCCAUUGGCCUGGAAUGUGAAGAGUUGAUAAUUGAUGAAUUAACAUUUGCACAGUUUGGUAAGUACUUUAAUUAGGAAUACUCGAACCGUAAGGAUUCCUUUACCCACAAUCUUGCUGGCUCUAGGAAGUACUGUCCACAUGCAGUUUCUAAAGUUUAAAAACCAACUUCUGGGGGCUGAAGAGCUGGCUCAGUUAAAGGCACUUGCUGCUCUUGUAGAGGACCUGGGUUUGGUUCCGGCACUCACAUCUGGUGGCUCAAACUUGCCUGGAAUUCCAGCUCUAGGGGAUUUAUUGACCUUUUCUGGUCUCCAUAGGAACAGGCAAGCAUGUGGUGCACGACCUUCAGGAACUCACACAUACAUGUAAAAAGAAAUACAUUUCUGCAUUUCCUAGUUUUCUCUUUGGAAGACAUGACUAGCUUUAGAAUUGUGAUAGUUUUUCGGGUUUAUCUCUCUUCUGUCCAGUCCCUCUCCCUGAGACUUUGCUGGUCAUAACUUAAUUUCCUUUAAGUUCUCACAACCCAACUUGGUCUGCUUUAGGCUGUUUACUAAGUUUAUGUGUUUAUGUCUUGCCUUUGGGCUGGAAUGCAAAGUCACUGAGGAUAAAGGCUAUGAAUUUUUUAUGUGUUCUUUGCCUGGUAGGAGACAGUGAAAAUAUCGCUUAAUAAAUAUUCCUUGACUAAUACAAGCCAGUGUCCUGAGCUUUCAACAAUCCUCAGCUGACAUCUUGUUUACUUGUGCAAAUGCAAUGUUUUCCUUGUUUCUUCUUGGACAAAACUAAUUGCAACUCUUUUAUCCACUGUAAACCUUACAAGUUUUGUUUCAAAAUCACCAGGGCAACCUGUUUUUGACAUAGUGAAAGGUUCCCAAAGCGGGGCUAUAGGAGAUAGUAGGAAUGGAUAUUUACAAAGUUCCUACUCUUGAGGCAUAUUCUACACUAGGAAGAUUUCUUUUUAACACAUUUAACUGCUAAAGCUCCAGUCAGGAUCAUUCACCCAAGGACUUACAAAAAAAAAAAAUAAAUAAACGGCAAGGUUGAAUUUCAGAGACCCAAGUCGGCCAGGUUCCAAUGGGCAAGGCAGUUCAAGUGUGAGAAUUCAAUGACAUAAUUUCUUGAAAAAGCACUAGGCACAAUAGUUGGCAGUCAACACAUGUUGCUUCCCCAUAUUUGCUCAGGCCUUGAAGUUGAUUUUCUUUUUCUCUUUUCAAAUAGGACGGGAGGAAAAGUAAGGUUGAAUUAAUUAAAUUUGUCAAUAAUUCGAAGAAAGCUCCUGUUUGAUUACAAUAAUCCUACACCGGCUUUCAUAUUGACUCUAGGGAAAAAAAAUGGCUGGCAAUGUUUCAAACCACGAUGCCUAAUUUAGAACGAUUUCUAUUUCAACAGAGGGAGUAGGAAGUCAUCUUUGGCCAAUAAGAGACUCAAGGAAUACAGUAAUGUAUUCCUAUGAAACAGUUCACUUCGUGCCACCUCCGUCCCAAAGAAGAGCACUGCUUUUGGCCCCACAGGGAACUCUGUAGGUGAACUGUGGGGUCCCCACACUUGCGGUUCCCGCCAUUAACAUCGAAGCUAAGAGUGCUCGCUCCCCUAGUUGUUCCUCUCUUAGAUCUCUCACAAGCGACAUCUUUGCAGAAAAGAAAGUAGGGCAACCGGGGCUCACUUUGCAGAACCCUCUUUGGUAUCUGUCUGGGACCCGCAGCCAGCUGUCGCGCAUCUCCGGGAGACCAAGUACCCGCACCUGGACGAGGGUGUUGUGCGCCCCCGCUGUGACGUCACCGCACCUGGCACCAGCUGCGGGAGUCUGGGUGGCGCGCGGGGGCCGCAGGGGGCGUGGCCGGGACGCCCAGACCAUUCUCGCGAGAUUUCGCCCCAGCCGGGUCCCAAUUCUCUUCACUCUUGCCCGUGGGUUCCACCUUGGUCACGAGCUUGGCGCGCUCAGUCUCAGAGGGAGUGGGUAGGGACUGUCUGUGCGAGACCCCGCCGGUGCCUCAGCCAGCGGCGAGCGGAAGCGGUCCGGGAGCGUGGCUGAGUGCGCACUGUGCGCAGGCGCGGACCCCGCUCGCCCCCGCCUGCCGGGGCCGCGGCCGAGGCCGGGCUUGAGGAGCGGCCGAGCGCGCCGCGGGCGGAUGGAGGCGUCUCCCCGCCGCGCCUGAGACGGUGCACAGAAGGGGCCGCGGGGCCACGCUUUCCUCGCCAGAGCCGCAGCAUGGUUGACUAUAUUGUGGAGUAUGACUACGAUGCUGUACAUGAUGAUGAGUUAACUAUCCGAGUUGGGGAAAUCAUCCGAAAUGUGAAAAAACUACAGGAAGAAGGAUGGCUAGAAGGAGAACUAAAUGGGAGACGAGGGAUGUUCCCUGACAAUUUUGUUAAGGAAAUUAAAAGAGAGACAGAACCCAAGGAUGACAAUUUGCCCAUUAAACGGGAAAGGCCUGGAAAUGUCGCGAGUCUGGUCCAGCGAAUCAGCACCUACGGACUUCCAGCUGGAGGGAUUCAGCCACACCCACAAACCAAAGCUAUGAAGAAGAAGACAAAAAAGCGUCAGUGUAAAGUUCUUUUUGAGUACUCUCCACAAAAUGAAGACGAACUGGAACUGACCGUGGGGGAUGUCAUUGAUGUCAUUGAAGAGGUAGAAGAAGGCUGGUGGAGUGGAACCCUGAACAAUAAGUUGGGACUGUUUCCCUCAAACUUUGUGAAAGAAUUAGAGUCCACAGAUGAUGGUGAAAUGCACGACGCUCAGGAGGAAUCAGAAGUUUCUUUGACUGGCCCUACCUCACCUAUGCCAUCUCCGGGGAAUGGGAGUGAACCAGCUCCUGGAUCAGUUACACAGCCAAAGAAGAUCCGAGGAGUUGGAUUUGGAGACAUUUUUAAAGAAGGCUCUGUGAAACUUAGGACAAGAACUUCCAGUAGUGAAACAGAGGAGAAGAAAUCAGAAAAGCCUUUAAUUCUACAGUCACUGGGCUCUAGAACCCAGAAUGUGGAGGUAACAAAACCAGACAUAGAUGGCAAGAUUAAAGCUAAGGAAUAUUGCAAAACAGUAUUUCCCUAUACAGGAACCAAUGAAGAUGAACUUACGUUUAGAGAAGGGGAGAUAAUCCAUUUGAUAAGUAAGGAGACUGGAGAAGCAGGCUGGUGGAAAGGUGAACUGAAUGGUAAAGAAGGAGUGUUUCCAGAUAACUUUGCUGUUCAGAUAAGUGAACUAGAUAAAGACUUUCCAAAACCAAAGAAACCACCUCCUCCUGCAAAAGGUCCAGAUGAAAAAUCACUGCUAGAACAGAAACCUUCUAAACCAGCUGCUCCUCAAGUCCCACCCAAAAAGCCUACUCCACCUACCAAAGCCAAUAAUUUACUGAGGUCUCCUGGAACAAUGUACCCAAAGCGGCCGGAAAAGCCAGUUCCUCCUCCACCUCCAACAGCCAAAAUUAAUGGAGAAGUAUCUACAAUUUCUUCAAAGAUUGAUACUGAGCCCUUAUCAAAACCAAAGCUAGAUCCUGAACAAUUGCCAGUUAGACCAAAGUCAGUAGACCUUGAUGCCUUGGUAGCCAGGAACUCAAAAGAAACAGAUAAUGUAAAUUUUGAUGACAUAGCUUCCUCAGAGAACUUGUUACAUCUCACUGCAAAUAGACCCAAGAUGCCUGGAAGAAGAUUGCCUGGCCGCUUCAAUGGUGGACAUUCUCCAACCCAGAGCCCAGAAAAAACCUUGAAGCUCCCAAAAGAUGAUGAUAGUGGCAACAUAAAGCCGUCGGAGUUUAAGAAGGAUGCAGGCUACUCUUCAAAGCCAUCUCUUUCAGCACCUUCAAGUGCUUCUAAAGUAAAUACAGCUGCUUUCCUAAGUCCAUUAGAGCUCAAAGCUAAAGUAGAAGCCGAUGAUGGGAAAAAAAGCUCCCUGGAUGAACUUAGAGCCCAGAUUAUUGAAUUAUUGUGCAUUGUAGAUGCACUGAAAAAGGAUCAUGGGAAAGAACUGGAAAAGCUACGCAGAGAACUAGAAGAAGAGAAGGCCAUGCGAAGUAACCUAGAGGUGGAAAUAGCAAAGCUCAAGAAAGCUGUUCUGUUGUCUUGAAGUGGUGUGGACCCAGUGGACCCUAAUUCUCUAUGAACUUAACUGACUUGUUAAAAACAACAGACGUUGUGUUGUGGUGAAGAAAUAAGAGAACAUGAACUGUGAUAUCUACCAAAAAGUUGGGGUGACAGUUUUUUUUUAUAUAUAUUUUGUUUUGCCAAUAUGAAAAAAAGAAGAGGCCUUAUUUCUUACUGUGCUGGGAUUGCAAACAUUUCUACUGUUUGCUUGAAAAUACUACUGAAUCUGUAUAAAAAGGAAAGAAAGUUCAUAAUAGUUUUUUUAUUGAAACUUGUAUUAUUUUUAAAGAGUUCUAUACUAUAAAUAUCGUAAUAUCUUUGCAAAUAAGCUGUAAGAUAAACUAUUUGAGAAGGACGGGUUAGCUUUAUAGUAGAGUCACUGCUUUUCCUGUAAUGCAUAGGGCAUGAACUCAUAUACAUACACCACACACACACACGUACAUACAUACAUACACACACACACAUAAACACACAUUCUACACACACACACACACACACACACACACACACACACACACACACACAGCUUCUUACCCAGGGUUACACUGUUGUGCCUGUUUGUCUGCAGUGCUGUUUGUACAUUGGGUGAUAAAAUAGGAGCUCCUAGUUACCAGUUUCCUCACCCAUGCAUAUUUAAUCGUUAAUGAAAUAAUAACAAUAAAUCCAACUUCUAGAGUGUUCUGUAAUGAUCACACUAUAGGAUUCAUUAAAGGAAGCUAGUUACAAACUGUACUGGAUUAAGCUUGAGAAAAUAAGAGCUUUGUUCUAAAUUCAUGUGGCCUAAGAAAUCUAAAACUGUCAUGCUAAUUCUUAUUUGUGCCUAGACACUGCAGCACAUGUGGAAUAUGUACACAUCAGCCAUAUUGUUGUAUUCUUAUGCUCAUUCUACAGUCGUAAAUAUUACUCAUUUCAUUGUCUCGUAUUCAAUUCAUUGUAUCCUUCCUUUAAUUUUCACUAAUGAAAACCUUAGGAAGCAGCCUCUAAACCCAUAUAUUUUCAAAAUUCCAGAAUGAGGUUCUAUAUUGGAAAGCUAUUAUGUAAACACUCAGGUUUUAGAGACAUAAUUUAUCUAAUAGAACAAACUAAUUCCUAGAGAUAUUUUGGACUUUUACUUAGGUAAAGUGAAGAAGAGUGUUAGUAUUUCACAAGUGGUGAUAUACGUUAUGUAAAUCAGAUAUAACUGACCGUACUGAAGACAUUCCCUGUGGAUACUUAGCCAUUUCUUUAGCAUCCCAAUCGACAGUGAGUGUCUGAGGCUGGCUCGACCACAUCAGAGUGUGUGGCUACACACCAGGCGCACAUGCAAAUGUAUCUGUAGGGCAACAUGUCCCAAACCACAAAGGUUAAUUUUAAAAAGUGAAACGUUUUUAUUUGUUUAAAAAACGUCAGGCUUUAAGCUUUACUUUAGUAAAUGAAUGUCAGGUGUUAAGUUAUCAUGAUUCAUUAAAAAAAAAAACAAAACUUUUUCUUUACAUUUUAAUCUUAAAAUAGAACAAUGUUUUUAAGUCAGAUUACUUGUGUGUUUCAAGUAAAAUAGAACUGGAGUAGAAAGCAAUAGACUUGCCAGCACAGAGUCACGGCCGAGUAGGUUCUGGGGGGAGAGGUAACUGUAAAUAGAGUGCGCAGUUCAGGGUCUAGACACAGGGCCUCAACCCGGGCUGGACUCCACCUUGUGACGUAGUAUAGCAAAACUGCUCUGAAGCUUCCGGUUUCCCUGCCUCUGCCUCCCAGGUGCUAGGAUGACAGGCAUGCCCAGCGUGUCCAGCCUUUUUAACCAUUUCAAGUCUGAGCUCAUCUAAUGAGAGGUUGUUGAUGAACAGAAUUGCUCCCUUUUAUUUUCAGUGAUUAGUCAAAUGAAGUAUUUGUUUCUUAUUAAUGUAAUAACAGUCCUCAGAUGGCAGUGACCUCACCCUAAAAACCAUCUCUUACUUUCCCCACGUCCUAGAAAUUAUGUCCUACUUUCCCCAUUGGCAGGCUUGUCUCCACCCACACUGCAGGGAAGGAAAGCACUAACAGUUCAGACUGCGUUCUAUUCCCAGUGAGCGUUAUUUUAAUAAAAAAGUAACAUACACAUUCAACAGUAGGUGAGUGAUUUUCUGGACCAAUAUGUAGCUCAUAGAUAUUAGUUAGAAUGUAACAAAUUGGGAAAAUAAUUCUAAUAGAAAAGAUAACAGAAAAAUGAGUUUAUGUGAUAUAAACACGAAUAAGAAAAAUAGAAGCACAACCCCUUAUUGGAUACUCAAUUUUCAUUUGCAGUUUGGUUCCUUUCUGACCUACUGUGAUUCACUGACCUGAUUGGUGAUGUUGGUCCCAGCAACACAUAUAUUUUACUACUUGUACUUAUAUUUUAGCAUAUAUACUUUAAUGCUGUUGAAAGGUUUACUUGAGACAUGUGUAGUGAAGACAAUGUGUGUAACUUGGAGAUGGAGAGAGGGAAGUCAUGAGUUUGAGGCUGGCCUGUGCUGCAUGGGGGCCCUGUGUCCACAAGAAAGGAAACAAUGUUCCUUGGGUGGUGGUGGGUAUUUUCAGCAGUCCACACAAGCAGAAUAGCAGUGAGUACAUGCUUUAGCCUUCUCAAGCAGAAUAGAGAAUACCGCCUGUUUUCCAUGUGUCUAUUUUCUGCCCUUUACAAAACAGUAAAAAGCAAACAAACAAAAACAAACAACAACAACAACAGCAACAACAAAAACCAAGCAAGCUUGGACUUAUUUAAAGGGGAAAAGAAUUCCUUUAAAAUAGUAAUUUGCCAGUAUUUGCCCUUAGUAUGAGAACUUUUACUAUUUCUAAAGUUAAAGUCAGAAAAUGACAAUAACAACAACUUAGAGGUGAAUCCCCCUUCCCCAAUAUGAGUAUAAAUGAAUCUGUCAUUGCCAAAUUACUAGUGAAUGUACAGUUCAGAUUUGCUGGUCUUUGAAACACAGUACCACUAAGUGUCUAGUGAUUUCAAUGUUAUUUUGCUGUGUUUGUGACCACUAAGCUUGCUCUUUCUAUAAAGGUAUUACCUCUAUCCAACUGUCCAGGACUUCACAGAAAAUCAGAGGAUGCAAGAAGAGGAUGGGUUGGUCUGACAGAGGACUCCUUACACUCCUUACUGUGAUCACAGACAAGAAAUCCAUUCUAAGUGCUCUGUAGAUUUUUUUGAUGAAUGUUUUAUGCUUGCAUUUAAACUUGAAAUGUAUGAGCGGAAUGAGACAAUCUUUGCAAUCAGAAUUGAGAAGUGUUACAAUUGAAUGGCCUUGUGCUGUAGCAAUAAAUGACCAAGUGCAAUGACCUUAAUAAAAUCAUCUUUCAAAAGUUGCUGCUAUUAAUAUUUCUAGUUAACAAGAUUCUGCCCUUGUUUAGCCUGCCUUGCCUUCUGUUUGUUAACUGAUGUGAUACAGUUGAUGUUUUGACAAUCUAACAUUCCAAAGUCCACAUCUAUAUCUUAGAAUCUUAGAAUACUGUCUUCAUUUUUUACAGGUGCUGUUAAAAAAGGAAAUGACAGAAAAUAUGCUUUUCCCUCAAAAAGAAAAAUUAAUAAUAAAAAAGAACUGUGCUGCC